ACAGAAGCUGGUUUGUUCAUUUGCUCCGACGCUGCUGGAAAUGCCUCUAAAGGUAAACGGAGCCUGGCUUUACCUUGAGAAAACAGCUUUGUAGAUCAAAGUUUCUGGGAGUAAAAAAGUUCUUGGACAUGCUUUGAGACGAGUCGUGGUGCAGGAUAAGUUAUUUUGGACAUUUUGGAUGGGGAUUUAUUUUCCGCCUUUGAAGCUCGCAAGUUUAGACAGCUAACAGCUAACACCGACUUUUGCUAACGUUAGCCUAGCCUAGCCUAGCCUAGCCUGCUAGGUAAAUAUCACCUAACGCCUUUCGGUGCUUCCUCCUGCUGUGUCCACUUUAUCAACAACUUAGUAUUUCUAAGUGUUUUGCUGGUUUUUUUUUGUCCUCGUAGUUGGCGCCACACAAGCAGAAUGCGUCUCUUUUUGCUACAUUACACACAAUGCUAACUUAGCUUCAGUUAGCAUGCUCUGAUAGAAGCUAACGUUUCCGAGGCACCGACUUCCACAGGAGAUAUUCUGCUGCGCUAACCGCAACAUUAUUCAGCCUGUGUUGUUCAGAGCAGUCAUGUUUGAAAUGGAGACACACAUUUCGUGCCUUUUCCCGGAGAUCCUGGCGAUUAUCUUCAGUUAUCUGGACGUUAAGGACAAAGGGAGAGUAGCCCAAGUGUGCGCGGCCUGGAGAGACGCGUCCUACCACAAGUCUGUGUGGAGGGGGGUGGAAGCCAAGCUGCAUCUCAGAAGAGCCAACCCGUCUCUGUUCCCCAGCCUGCAGACCAGGGGCAUCAAGAAAGUCCAGAUCCUCAGCUUGAGGCGCAGUCUGAGCUACGUGAUCCAGGGGAUGCCUCACAUCGAAAGCCUUAAUCUGUGUGGGUGUUUCAACCUCACGGACAACGGACUGGGACAUGCCUUUGUGCAGGACAUCCCGUCCCUGCGGGUACUCAACCUCAGCCUUUGUAAACAGAUCACUGACUCCAGCCUGGGGAGAAUCGCCCAGUACCUGAAAAACCUGGAGGUGCUUGAACUUGGGGGUUGCAGUAACAUCACAAACACGGGGCUGCUGCUCAUCGCUUGGGGUUUGCACCGGCUCAAGAGUCUCAACCUGCGCAGCUGCAGGCAUGUGUCCGACGUGGGCAUCGGUCACCUGUCCGGCAUGACCCGCAGCGCAGCAGAGGGCUGCCUGUCCCUGGAGAAGUUGACCUUACAGGACUGCCAGAAGCUCACCGACCUUUCCCUCAAACACGUCUCAAAGGGGUUAAACAAGCUCAAAGAACUCAACCUCAGCUUCUGCGGAGGGAUAUCUGACGCAGGCAUGAUCCACCUUUCACACAUGACCCACCUGUGCAGCCUGAACCUGCGGUCCUGUGACAACAUCAGUGACACGGGGAUAAUGCAUCUGGCCAUGGGCUCCCUCCGGCUCUCUGGACUCGACGUCUCCUUCUGUGACAAGAUCGGAGACCAGAGCCUGGCGUACAUAGCUCAGGGGCUGUAUCAGCUCAAGUCCCUCUCUCUGUGCUCCUGUCACAUCAGCGAUGACGGCAUCAACAGGAUGGUACGCCAGAUGCACGAACUGAAGACACUCAACAUCGGACAGUGUGUGAGGAUCACAGACAAAGGGUUGGAGUUGAUAGCUGACCACCUGACCCAGCUGACCGGGAUCGACCUAUAUGGUUGUACUAAGAUCACCAAGAGGGGUCUUGAGAGGAUAACACAGCUGCCGUGCCUUAAAGUGUUAAAUCUGGGACUGUGGCAGAUGACUGAGAGCGAGAGAGUGAGGUGAAAAUCUCUCCUGAUGUGUAUAGAGCUUGGUGAUGUACUGAGCGGGACUGCCUGUAUUCAUUCUUAAUUUUUACUUGUGACUAAAAACCAAGGAGGGGGACUCUGCAUUGAUCACUGGAAUAUUGCUGCAAUACUCCAUUUUCUUAUUCAUAAUAAGUGUCGGCCUUGUGCGCUCUCUUUUUUCAUGUGCAUUGUUUUAAUCUCAGCCUGUGUACAGUUCUUACUCUCUAGCUACCUCACCUGUCAAACACAGGAGUGCCUACUAUCGCUGAAUACUAAAUAACUUGCAUAUUUUUGUGACUUACAAACUGGAGAUUUUUGAUAUUUUAAGGUCUCGUUGAAGAAUAACAGUUAGUAGGUGUUUAACCAUUAACAGAAAGGCCGGAGGACCUUGGACUACAUUUUUGGAUGUCUCUCUGGCUGAUAUAAGUUUUUCUUGUGUAACCAAUAUUUUUUUGUAUUGAAUGACUGUUGUUGACAAAAUUGUACUUCAAAUUGAAGUGGUUGGAUCGCUCCUGUCUCUCUUUGUUUACCUAAUGUAUAGUUGGCUUUGUUUCAUAUUCCUGAGGAAAAUAAGUAUGAUUGCUACUCCUUCUAAAAGGGUUAUCAACAGAGCUACAGUAAGGCGUAGUGAUUCACAGCUGCCAAGGCUUUAUGCAAUACCUUAAAAACUGUUUAUCAGUGUUUUUUCUCCUGAGGAGCUUCCAACAAUAGUGUCAGAGUAUUUGUUUAAAAAAAGCAGUAAUUUAAUAUCGUUUUAUAUUCAUACAGUAGUGAUAUUUAUGAAUAAAGAUGGCAAUUAUGUUUCA